AUUUCACUUAAAUCUAAAACUUUGAAGCUCUUGGUGGAGCUUGAGGGAAUGUCAGUAGAUCCAGAGUCCUUAUGAUUCAUCUUCUGGGCGCAAUGACAAUCCAUCUGAUAAUAGUUGAGAUAUUUUAAUCUGAACCAAAGUGGUGGACAAACAGACCCAGAGACUGACAGUGCCGUGCGCACCGCUAGCAUGACGCUAACAAAAACUAAAAAUAGGAAACAUUUUAUUUGAAAUGUCAGUGAGGCAUUUAUCUGAAUACAAACAUAAUAACACUAAUGUUUUUCUUCCUGUGAGAGAUUGCUCUACGAUACCCAGAACCACCUCAAGACCUCCUCAUUUAAGUGUUUCUCAGAACAUAGGUCCAGUUCUUGUUAUCCUGCACUCUUUAUCACCCCUGUCAUCUUUAGUUUUACUACUAUUUCCAAAUGUGAAACACACAAAAAUACUGUGUGUGUGGGUGUGUUAACUUUCAUGUACACAUGUGUGGUAUAUGAGAUGGAAACCUAAUAGACUCCACCCUCACUGUCAUGCUCAUGUUCAUGACCUUUGACACUGAGAGGUCUGUCCUGACACUCAUAACCAUGAAUAAUGUCCUCUCUCCAUCCAAGCCUCCUCACGUCAUAUAAACCACAACACAAACCUCCAGGUCUACAGGUCCAGUCUGUAUAGAGUUAGAGGCAGAUCAUGACUGGAAACCUUUCAGCCUUUAAACAUGGUUACAGUUUACAGAUUGAAAGUGCAUGGGAUUAGGAUUAAAGGAGUAGAGCAGUGAUUUAUUAUUGCACUUGUAUAAAGAGGGAGACAGAUUUUUAAAAAAAAAAGUCAGUCAAGGCAGUCCUACAUUUCCCAUAAUGCAACUUAAUACCAUCUUUCAUUAGAGCCUGGAUCAUGCACACAUCCUUCAAACUGCUGAAGCAUGGUCUUUCUGUUAAGAUAUGUUGACUUGAGAUAAGUGACAUCAGUAUGGAGUCAUAUUCUCAGACUUAAGAACCAAGAAGACUAAACUAAACUAGACUAAACUUUUAAAGGACCAGUGUGUGGGAUUUAGUGGCAUCUAGAUGUGAAGUUUCAACUUUCUGCUCCAUUUAAAAUACAUGUUUUUUGAGCAGAUUGAGCCAUUCAGUCAGUUUUCUAAAUUAAAACACUGUGUGCAGACUCCCAAUCACAUAUAAUUACGUAGUCAACUUGUGCUUCCGAAACACUUGCGGUGCAGAGGACGGAGCAAAACCUCGUUAUGACUCAAAACAAUCAAGGUGUUAUACAAGAUUACUGUCCCCGUCAAGAAAUAGUCCAGCACAUAACCCCCAGAUGUGCCCAAAAUGUUGAACUAUUCCUUUAGUUCUCACAGGCCCCUUUAACUGUAUGCUGGUUCUGCAGAUGUUUAUCUUGAAAGGAUCAUGCAGGUCAACUGCAAGUUCAAACCCAAGUUCACUUUCCUUAAAAAAAGAAGGUAAAACGUCUUUAAGUGGUUUGAGGAGUUUCUCUGUGAAAUUGUGUCGCUGUUGAAGAAACCUUGUGACCGAUGUAAGUUCAAGCUGACCAAGUUGACCCAAAACACUAAAGCAGCUCUCCCUCUCUGAGUCUCUCUCUCUGAGCGGCUCUGAUCCCUCAGUCAGACCCAACAGCAGCUGAAGCUUAUUAAAGGCCACUAUUUCAGGCCGCUUUAACCCUCUAACCUUCCAUCCGUCUCUCUGCUCAUCUGUUUAUUUCUUCACUCGUCUAUCUGCCUCUCUGCUUCUCUUUUCUCCCCCAACUCUCAAUUCUCUAAUCGGUUUCCACUUCUGCUCAGUUUUCUCUUGUGAUCUCUUAUUUUCCGUCUUUAUCUGUUGACCAUCCGUCCAUCAUAGCACCGAUGCACUGCGGAAAGCCUGGGGUACAUAUUUGACCUUAUUCAUACUGUGACAUUCAGAUACACAUACCGGUAUUUGUUUCCUAUGAGUUAGAUAAGAGGCUUGAUACCACUUUAGUGCGACUUUAGUAGAAGAGCAAACACAGGGCUCUCUAUGAGUGUGUGUGUGUGUGUGUGUGUGUGUGCAGCCCUCUGAGCCUCACAGUGUUUACAUGCUGGAUGGUGAACGGGGGACUCUCCGGUCUCGUUUUAACUCAGUAACCCGUCCUGAACCAGCUAUGACUUCACCCAGGGAGACAGUUGGAAGAUUUCACACAUUCUCCACCGGUGACCCCGACUGAUGCUAAAAUUGUUGCUAAUUACUCAAAUCCCAGCAUGCAGCUGUGUUGCAGACAACAAACUCCAAUUGUUGGUUGCUGACAGAAAGCCGUGGAGGGUUGAAGAGAUGCUGAAGACCAAAAGGACCAUUGCAUAAUUAAUAUUUACAGCAUUUUGAUAUCCUUUCUGUCCCUCCAGCCCUCCCUGUUUCAGGCUCGUACCACCAUGAUGGUGAACAGCGGCCGUUUCCGUUGUCCGUCCUGCAGACAUGAAGUGGUGCUGGACCGCCACGGCGUCUACGGCCUACAACGAAACCUGCUGGUCGAGAACAUCAUCGAUGUCUACAAACAGGAAGUCAUCAACAGCAGCAACGCCACAAGCCCCCUCCCUCCUCCUCCACCUUCUGCUCAGGCAACAUGUUCAGACCAUGAGGGUGAAAAGGUGAACAUCUACUGUAUCACCUGUCAGGUUCCUACCUGUUCUCUCUGUAAGGUGUUCGGAGCUCAUCAGUCCUGUCAGGUGGCUCCUCUGACAGACAUCUAUCAGCAGCAGAAGGAUGAGCUGAGUGAAGAAAUUAGUUCUCUGGUGGCGUUCAACGACAAAGUCCAGGCCUUGAUCAAUGAGCUGGAGGAGACAUGUAAAAACAUAGAGGAGAACUGUAACACUCAGAAACAGAGUGUGUGUGAGAGGUUCGAUCGUGUGUUUUCCAUCCUGGAGGAGAAACGAAAGGCGAUGACAGACCAAAUCAGCUCCGAGGAGGAAGAGAAGACCGGCCACGUCCAGGCGUUGGUGUGUUGCUAUGGAGACAGCGUGGAGGCCAACAACAAACUGCUGGAGAGAGCUGCGAGCAGCAUGGAGGAGCCGGACACGGCUGCAUUUGUUCAGAAUUCAAGAGAGCUGAUCACAAAUGUGAUAGCAGCGACCGGCUCCUGUCCAGCCGAGACACUGAAACCAGGUUAUGAGAGCAUGAGCCACUACAGAUUUAACUUCAGCAGACAGGAGAGAGCUCUGAGGAGUAUAGACUUCCUCAAAGUUGUGGAAGAUGUUCCUGAAGAACCGGAGGUGGAACAAGAACCAGAAGAACCCAAAGAGCCCUCUGUCCAGAACACAGAAGCAGAACACCAUCAAGAAACCUCGGCCCAGGACCUGGAAUCUGUUGAGGAACCAGUUAAAGAGCUGAUCCCAGCACUGAUAUCCCCACCAGUGGAACCACUACAAUCAGCUGCACCAACACCAACCCCAGUCCCACCAGCUCCAGGUUUGUUGAGAGACUCUUUGGAGGCUUCAGAGGCAGUUGUGCAGCCAGAGAUUGACGACCUGGACUUAAAUGAUGGAGGAUCCGCUGAGAUAAUGAACAAGAGGGAGGAAGAGAAAGAGGAGGCGGAGGGAUGUGCAGCUCCUCAUCCCGUUAAAGAGGGAAACAUCUGUGAACAUGAGGAGGGAAUGAGCACACAACAGGCUGUCACUCUGCUCUUCUACCUGUUGGCCUUCCUGGUCAUCCUGCAGAGGGUUUGGGCUUACAUCGGCUGCUUCAUUUGCACAUAACACCAGCAGGAGACACAUCCAUCCUCACUGCUGCACAGCUCAGAUGGAGACUGAGACUAGGGGUCCUGCUCAGACCAGUUCUCCCCUCUCCUCUUCCUCCUCCUCCUCCUCCUCUUUCAACCUCAGCGAGGCUCCUCGUCGACCCAGUUUCUGCUUCUCUUGGCUGAACCCCCUCCACAAGAAGAAGUAGAGGAAAGAGAGAUGUGUUCGGAGAGGACGUUUGCUGAGGAGAUGAAGAAAGAUUCAGUCCAGAGUCUCGGUGCUGCUCUGGGACUGAAAACACACCGCACUGAUAAAAACCUCAGAGUGAAACCUGUUUCAACCAUCUCUGUUUUAUUCUAAAUAUCCAUCUAGUUUAAAACACAUUGUGUGGGCAAACAGGAAUAGAUCUGCUCUGGAUCUGUGUGCCUAAAGAGAAGAACAGUGACAGUUUUAGGGACUCUUAUUUUGAAAAGUUUUUUGUUUUAAAUAGAAGCUGCUGCCCUUCACACUAAAAGUCUUCACAGCUUUCAAAUUUGUGAUUGUAAGUGUCAUUAGCAGAGGAGUACUGCAGUGUAGAAGGAUUUUGAAUAGUAGUAUACUAUAGUUAUUAUAGUAGCUAUAGUUGUGCUACAACUAAUAAUAGCAGUUGUUGUAACAGGACAAGUUUUACCUGUUUUUAUAAAGAAAGUAGAAUUGCAGUAUUUAUAGUUGAAGACAUAAAUGAACUAGUCAUAUAGCAGAGCUUGUAGUAGAAGGAGCAGCAGCUACAGCAGAAGUAGUACAACUACUUGUAGUAGUAGUGAUGGUACUAUGUUUAUUGUAUUAGUCUGUUACUGUAGGCGUGGCUGCAGGAUAUGAACAAAAAUCUGAGUUUUACUUGAACAGAAUCUAAUAAUUAAGCGUUUCCCAUCUCAUUCUGUGGCAGAUUUUGGUUAAAUUUAACGUAAAAUUUGGAAGCAUGUAGACAUAAGAACCAAUUAGGUAACAUUUUUUUAUUUCUAUCCAAAGAAAUGUGACAUUUUAACAGCUUUUUACUGGUGAUGGGAGCUACUUGUACCAGUUUGAGCCAAUUUGAACUGGUGAUUUUGGAUGUCACAUGUGAUUCGGUGUGGUUUGAUGAUUAAAAAGAUUUUAUGAUUUUAGUU